CAGAGCUGAGCGAGCCGCUGGGCUCUCCCCUCUGGCGGGAGGCUGGAAUGGGGGGACAGGGCAGUGGGGUUGGGGUCGAGACAGCGGCUUGGUCACUAACGUGCUGCCUUUCUCUCCAGCAGAGAGAAGGUCCCCAGCGCCGUGCGGAUGAGACCAGGUUGAGAAGAGGACAGCACGUUUGUACCCAGCACCCCAAUUAGCUUCAUUUGCUCCCCUCCAUUUUCCCUGGUGAUGAAAAGGCUCCCUACCCACACCUGAGCCAAUCCUGCCGAGCCCCGAGGCAUCGGUGUGGCUCUGCAGCGAUUUUGGGACUGGAAGGGUCAGGAGCCACUCUCCAACGCGGAGAUUUUCCAAUGCCGAGAUUUUUAUUCUGAGUGUGCAGAGAAAGGAACGCUCCCCUACCCCGCUGCAUCGCCCCAGCCCAGCCAUACCUGCCCCGUGAGGACACCCCAGGCCCCCGAUGCCCAGUGGGAUUUGGGCAGCGUGACCCACACCACGCCAUCGCCAUGGCCUCCUCGGACGGGCUGCAGUACCGGGCUCUCUACGAGUACCAGAAGGACCGGGAGGAGGACCUGGCGCUGUGCCCUGGGGACGUGCUGACGGUCAGCAGGGCCGGGCUGCUCAGCAGCCCCGACUACAAGGACGGGGACGAGCGCAGCCCCCAGGGUUGGCUCCACGGCCUCAACGAGCGCACCAAGGAACGCGGUGACUUCCCCGGCACCUACGUGGAAUACCUGGGUCCUGCGCGUGUCGUCACCACCACCGCCAAGGCCAGGCCACGGCCCUUGCCCCCGCCGCCCGCUGGGACCCCCACACCCUGGGGGCUCCCUGGGCAGGCAGAGCUCACCGAGCACCCCACUCUCCCUGAGCAGGCACUGCCGACUGUGGCCAGGCUCAUCGAGGCUCUGGAAAAACAAGGUCUUGACAGCGAGGUGCUCUACAGAUCCACUCCCGGAGGGCUGGGGGAUGCUGAGCUGAAGCAGGCUCUUCUGGCGGAUGCCUCAGCUGUGGACAUGGACCUGUACGAUGCCCAGACGCUGUCGGAGGCCCUAAAGUGGUACCUCCAGGAGCUCCCAUCACCCCUGAUCCCUCCAGCUCUCUACAGCGACUUGGUCCACAUGGCUCAAGAGACCCCAGGCCUGGAGGAGUGUGGCCAGCGAGCUAGAGCCCUGUUGGCCCCCCCGGCCCUGCCACAGCCCCAGGCACUGCUCCUGCGCCAGCUCGCCCGCCACUUCUGCCGCCUCUGCCAGGGCACCCGCCGGAGCCGCCUCUCACCCCGGCUCCUUGGGGAGCUCUUCGGGGAGCUGCUUCUCCACCCCGCAGCAGCCAGCACUGAGGCGAGCCCUGAGCUCCGUGCAAGGAUCCUCGAGUCCCUCAUCGUGGCCAGUGAGGCAGCAGAGGUGCCAGCAGCCCCUGCUCUCCCUCCAAAGCCCCCCAAACCAAUGACUCCAGUCAAUACGAAUGGAAUAAAGGACAAUUCCAGUUUCUCUUUGCAGGAAGCAGAGUGGUACUGGGGGGACAUUUCAAGGGAAGAAGUAAAUGACAAAUUACGAGACAUGCCAGAUGGAACGUUCCUGGUGCGCGAUGCAUCAACCAAGAUGCAGGGAGACUACACUCUGACCUUACGGAAGGGUGGCAACAAUAAACUGAUAAAGAUCUAUCAUCGGGAUGGAAAAUAUGGCUUUUCUGAUCCACUGACGUUCAAUUCUGUUGUGGAACUGAUUAACCACUACCGCAACGAGUCUCUUGCUCAGUAUAACCCAAAGCUUGAUGUGAAGUUGAUGUAUCCAGUGUCCCGGUACCAGCAGGAUCAGUUGGUGAAAGAAGAUAAUAUAGAUGCAGUAGGUAAAAAGCUUCAAGAAUACCAUGCUCAGUAUCAGGAGAAGAGUAAAGAGUACGACAAAUUGUAUGAAGAGUAUACCAGAACAUCACAGGAAAUUCAGAUGAAGAGGACCGCAAUUGAAGCAUUUAAUGAAACAAUUAAGAUAUUUGAGGAACAGUGCCACUCACAAGAGCGCUACAGCAAAGAAUACAUUGAGCGAUUUCGCAGGGAGGGGAAUGACAAAGAAAUUGAACGGAUAAUGAUGAACUAUGAAAAAUUAAAAUCACGUCUGGGUGAGAUCCAUGAUAGUAAAAUGCGCCUGGAACAAGAUUUGAAGAAGCAAGCUCUGGACAACAGGGAGACUGAUAAGAAAAUGAAUAGUAUCAAGCCUGACCUAAUUCAGCUCCGCAAAAUCAGAGAUCAGUAUCUUGUAUGGCUCAAUCACAAAGGGGUGAGACAGAAGCGAAUAAACGACUGGCUGGGGAUCAAAAAUGAAAAUAUUGAUGACACAUACUUUGUGAAUGAAGAAGACGAAAACCUGCCACAUCAUGAUGAGAAAACUUGGUUUGUUGGGGAUCUCAACCGUAUUCAAGCAGAAGACUUGCUCUGUGGGAAGCCUGAUGGAGCAUUUUUAAUUCGUGAGAGUAGCAAGAAAGGAUGUUAUGCUUGUUCUGUGGUAGCUGAUGGAGAAGUGAAACACUGUGUGAUCUACAGCACUCCAAGAGGUUACGGGUUUGCAGAACCAUAUAACCUGUACAGCACGCUUAAGGAUUUGGUUCUUCAUUACCAGCAAACAUCCCUUGUCCAACACAAUGAUUCCCUAAAUGUCAGGCUUGCCUAUCCUGUCUACGCACAGAUGCCCCCCUCUCUCUGCAGAUAAAUUUUGGGGAGGAGGAAAGUGUUGGCUAUCUUGGAUUCUUUUCUACAAUUUUUAUUAGAACUUGGAGGGCAUUCUUUCUCCUUAGACUGCUUGUUUUGCACAAGAAGUGAUUCUGUGAAUGUGAAUCAAAAAGAGGCCUAGCAGCAACAAGACGACAACUUGGGUGUAGGUGUCCUGGUGCUACCUUAAAAGCUCAGCUGUGCUUUUACACUGAUACUUUUGUUUCCUUAUGAGGGGAAUAAACUCAACACAAUGCAUACAAAAAUACUGGAAGCAAAACAUCAUUUUAUGGAGAUAAUUUUUUGCCAGGCACCUUCAGUGGAACUUCUAAUUGGAUUUUGUUUUCUCUUGUUCUUGUAGAGACAAUUUGAAGCCUCUGUUUGAGGCAUCAGUAAUGUCUUUCAGUCUUAAACUCCCAAGAAACUAGGGGGGAAACUCUACCACAGCAAUUCUUCUCUGUUAAUUUUAGCAGCUUCACUGCGAUUCAGCCGAACUUCCAAAAGAGGGCUUGUCUUGAGGUAGCAUGGCAUUUGGUGAGAGAAGACCAAAGGAAUCAUGGGAAAGCUUCAGGUUUUUAUUUAAAUGGAAAAAUGCUUGUAAAGAAAACUUGUUUUAUUUUUUUGCCAACAGUAACAAAGUUUUGGUUUCAAUGGCACUACAGGUCUUCACUUAAAGGAAACAUUUAUAACCAAAUUGAACAUACCAAAACUUUGUUUGUUGCUAGAUUGAGCACUUAUGGGGAAGGUUGCAUUAGCAUCUGCACAUACUUUCUACACCAAAACUUGAAACAAAUAAAAGGAAAAGCUAAACGUUGUGUGACUUCAAAACACUAAAUUUGUCUGAUCUGAUGUAAUUGCUCUCUCCUCUUUUUUUUUUUUUUUUUUUUCCUUACUCCCAUUCCUCAGCUUGGGAUUCUGUUUUCAGUUUUUAGUGAUACUGUGCUUCAGAAUGUAAACUAGAAUGAAGCUUGCACUCAUCUGUUGCAGUUCUCUUGCUGAACAAUGACAGACUCUUUUAACACUUGAUUUUUGGUAUAGAAGAGGUAGAUGCAAUCGAAUGCUUCUGGAUGGCUUAUUGUACCAACUCUUUCAUGAGGUGUAGUCAUUUCCAGUUGUAUAGAAGCGAGCAUGCUAAUUAUAGAUCUCCUCUGAUUUGUUCUUUGCAAACUAGGUUCUGAACUCUCACGCCACUGCAGCCGAGCAAGAUUUUACACUGGUAUAAUCUAAAUUCCCUUGUAGUUAUUUUGGACAUGAUGCAAAACUCAGGAAGGGAAGAGAGCCGUGCUCCUCAGUUAUUGGGUGUCUGGUACCAUCCUUUGGCAAGGGCUGCUGUCAAAUACUGGCUGGGUAGUCCUGGGCUUCGUCAAGUACAGCAAUCAUCCAAUAAAUCCCCUCCCUGGAAAGUAUACAAAGCAGCUUAUUUCCAUUCCUUAAGCUUCUAAAAUGAAAAAGAGCUAAAUUUGGCAAACUGAACCACUUGGCAUCAAAGCACAACUGGCAAAGUAAUUGUUCAGUAUGCAACCUUGAAAGUUACUUUUGUUCCUAUUACUGGAAGCAGUUUCCUUGCAAUGCACCCAUUGUGCGGGACAGGAAGCAGACAGUCAUGCAGGUCUGAGAAUGCUCUAGACCUGUUUCUGACCCUGGGGCUUAUUUCCUGUUCAAAUGUGGUUGUUUUUUUUUUUUUCUAUGCCUGGGCAGUAGUGCCAAGCUUGUUGAUCUCUAAUGUUUACACGAGAAGUAUUAUUUCACUGAAUGUCAUGAAUUUGCAAGCAGGGAAAGGACAAGGCUGGAGCACUGACAGCCAUUGCAGGAAGGGUUGUCUGGUUGCCUGGCAUGCCUGUGAGAUGUUUUAUUUUGCACUAAUGACCCUGAUGCAUCCUAGGCACUUUCUAAUCAGCCAGAGUGCAAUCUUCAGGCAAAGAAUUGUGUCGAUGCCGCUUUUCUAAUUAAAUGAAACACUACAAAACUUAGCCAAGACUGGGUGAGAGAAGAAAAGUCACACAAGCUACUAUGUCAAAGUGACCCACAUCUGCUCACUUGUCCCUUCUCUCCCGCCUGCCCAAGAAAAGGAAAAAUGAGAUGUAGCCUUUGCUCGUAGUGAAAAUCUGGAAUGGAUUCCUUUAGUGGUAUAUGGACAUGGAAAUUUUUCUUUUUAAAGAAACUUGCCCUACCUCUUGGAUAAUUUGCAGUUCUAAUCUGGUAGCUGUAAAGCUAUCCUCCUCACACCUCUUGUGCAUCUAGCAUUCCCUUGGUGUUGGGCUGACUCCAAAUGCCUGGUGAGAGAAAUAAGUUCAAAGGCACAAAUGAUAGCCAGGUGCCUCAUGCAUGUGGAAAAACCUGUGCGAGAGGAGAGUCUGAUUGUUUUCUCUGCCUUUGCAAUCUUGCUGGGCUUUCUUAAUGUUAGCAUUUGAGGCUGAUAGGGCACGUAUUUCUGAUCCUGUUUUUGUGACAGAGGCAACCCGGCUGAAGUGUUUCACAUCUGCCCUGUUUUUAGGUAGGGCUCGGUUUUGUUUUAAACAAGCGCAGGUCUACUUUCAGGCUCAUAAAUCGUGGCACACCCUCGCAGUACUGACAGCAGCGGGAUAGCAAAGCGGGACUGUCUGAAGUUUCCCUGUAGUGGAAUCUGACUGAUCCUGUGAGGUCUUGGUCCAGGCUCCGGCCUCAGCUCUGCCAAGGUAAAUACAGUGUAAUUCCAUUGGCGUCCGUGAAGGUAGCUUGGCUUUAUAGUGGUGUGAGUGAGUUGGGAUUCUGGCCCCUUGCUCUCCGAGAUCCAUUUGCUAAUCGCAGGUGAUGUAUUUGCUGUGAAUGAUGCACUUGGAGCCAGUAAGCCAUCUUGAAGCAUUCUUUGAAAUUCUGUUUUGCCCAGACCUUCAGAUCAUGGCUAUGGGGUAGACUAAGCCCAUGUUCCGUGUAUUUGGCUCCAUUAUCCUCAGCAGCCUCUCCGAGUCUGUGCGUUGCUGCUGUAUCUCUCUGUGUUUGGUUUAGGCGCCUAAGUCCAAGCUGCUACAGUUGCUCCCCUUUGACUCUCCGAUGCUGUUGCACAAAUUCCUUUUGCAUCCAUUUUGCACUUGUAGGGCAAACGGAAAAUAGAUAUAAAACAGACUGACUAGUAGCUGGUGUGAUCCACAGCGCAAGGGCUUUGUCCUGCCACGCUCACUGUGCUUGGCCUAAGUCUGUUCACUCAGUAGCGUUAGACCUGUGAGAAAACUCACGGCUUCCAGGAGCUGGUCUACGCUUGCAUGACUGAGAAAUCAGAAAUGGACCUGUGAGGUGCAGGAUUACACCCUAGUAUGAAAAGCAGCUGUUAAGCCUAAAACAAACACAGGAAAUGUGAACAUAAAGGCAAAACAAAGGAACUCAAGUUCUUUUGAAACAGUAAGUUGCAAGAAGGUUUUGGGUUCAAGAGUCAAAGCGUCAGGAGGAGGAAAGGGGGAAAUAGUCUCACUGUUGCAGCAGCCGUCUGUUAUCGGACUGCAGUUAGAGGAGUACUGAUCUCAUUGACCCAUAUUGUAUUAAAUAUGUAUGUAGAGUUAAAUAACUUUUGCACAGUGUUAAAUGGGGGUGGGGGGAAUGUUGAAACUCAAAUAUGCACAGUUUCUUCUAAUCUGUUCUGAAGUAUAUUUGCAGGGAUCAGGGGUGAUUCAGUAUUUUGUAUUUGUAUGGAUGGAAAUCAGGUCUACUUCCACAGUUGCCAUUGGCCCCAUUGUGUCAGCCACGAGUGCCAUGUUUUCAAAGUUAGUAAAUUAUAAAUCUUUUCCCACUAGUUUCUUUAUUAAUUACAAGUAAUCUUAGAAUGGGAAGAAUCAAUCUAGAAACAGAGGGAUGUCCUGACCGAUGCUUCACUAAUAUGUGAAGCAGUAAUAUGUGACCAGCCACUUUCUGAUACUGGAGUGCUCUAGAUUUGUGGGUUGUACUUUGGUUUUUGGGGUUUUUUUAAUUCUCAUCAGCAGUGGAUUGGGUUGCUGCUUUGCGUUGUUGGUAGUUGCAAUCUAGAGUUCUAUCCAGUACAGCCCUCUGUCUUAUGCCAAAAAUAAAACGCUCUUUCCAUUCUCAUCUCUUUUGAUGUGGCAGAUGGUCAAGAAGUUUUCCAUUUAAUGUGAUGGGCCUGAUUCUUUUCUCGCUGACACUAGUGUAAGCAAGACUUCCACAACUGAAAGCCAUUCCCAGGAAGAGAGCUUGUAUUUAAUCGUACCUGAAGUCAAGUCACAGCAGGGCAAAAUCAAAGUUUGUCCUUCGCAAAGCCAGGCAACUGUAAUGGGGACUGUGGAAAUGAAUGUUGACACUUAGUGCUGUUUUGGGGAGGACAGGGGAAGGAGGAGAGUCGGGGUUGCCCCAAAUCCUGGGCUCUCUGCAGGUUUGGGUGGCACCGUGUCCGUAACUGAACGCUGUGGCUGUUUAAAACAGCAGAAUUGCUAUAGGAGUGUCACAUCUUAAGUUUGGAAAAGCCCCUUAUUUGGUACUUGAACAAUCUUGCUUCUGUUUUUGAAUGUCUGUUUAUUUUUUAUUUUUGUUACACUAACAGGGAAUAAAAAUCUGAAAUGUUAGUGAGUCUUGUAUGCUUGCUGCAUUGUGCAGACAUGAAACAGGUACUGCUUGUGGAUCAGGAGGGGUAAGAGACAGGUUCAAAAUGCAGUUUUACAAAGCACUAUGAUGUGUUGGGGGUUGUUUUGUUUAGAUCAUGUUUAAAAUCAGAUUUUUGUAGGUGUAGUUUCCUUAUGUUGAUUUGCAACUUCUGCUUUUGGAACAGCAAAAAUCAAAAUAACAUUCCUGAAGAACAAAGAUGCUGUGAGGGGAGGGGGCUUAGGCUUGCUCAAAUUAAGUGUUCAAAGCAAAUAGCUUUAAUGAAGAGGAAGGGCCAGCAUCCUAAAGCAUCCCUCUGGUUGUAGUUUGAUGAAGCAGUAGACAGACCAAGAAGUAGGACCUCUGCCUCGAACCACAAAAGAAAGAGGAGAUGCCAGAGCAGACCCUUCCCUUUAGAAUCAUUGGCUGUACUCUCCUUAAAUGUGUGUGCAAGGAGAUAGGAAGUUAAUAGAAGUCCUUAAGGACUUGCUCCUCUUUCUGUGUUGGAAGGGAACUUGCACUGCUGAUCCCCUCGUUUCCCUUGGCACAACCCGUGCGGCCAGAAGGGAACCAAGUUACUAGCCCAAAUAAACGUGGGCCUGUUCGUGAAGCAGCUUGGCAAGUUAAGUACUGCAUGAGGAGUAGCUUUGGAUGGGGUUAGAUGAAGUUUGUCCAACAUUUUUGUGAAUCUUGCAUUCUGUGGGCAGAAAUACUUUCCACCGAAUGGGAAGGGGAAAAAAAAAAAAAAAUCUCUCUUGAAAUCUUUUCAACUCCUUCCUAUUUGUUCACAGGGGCAGAUAGGGACCUUUAGCUUGUUAACUGUUUAGAUGAUUGCAGUGCUUGAAGUGCUGGUCUUUGGGGCUGGCUCCAUACAAUUAAUGCAGAAUUUGCUUUUUGGGGUUUUUUAAUUGCCAUUGGCAUAGACUUGCCAUAUUUUAUGACUAGACUCACCAUUUUUUCUAAAAUUUGCCUUUUAAAAAAUGUAAGAUGAGCUUAAGAGGCAAAAAAAAAAAAGAAGUAAGAACAGGCCC